AUGGCCGGAGGCCGUGCGACGGAGGCGGUGGUGCGCGGCAAGGAAGCUGGCGGCGGCGGGCUUCGAGAUGGCCGGAGGCCGCGCGACGGAGGCGGUGGUGCGCCGCAAGGAGACCGGCGGCCGCGCGCAGCAAGGAAGCCGGCGGCGGCGGGCUUUGAGAUGGCCGGAGGCCACGCGACGGAGGCGGUGGUGCGCCACAAGGAGACCGGUGGCGGCACGCUUCGAGGAGGCCGACGGCCGCGUGACGGAGGCGGCGCGCGCUUCGAGGAGGUCGGCGGGAUUCUUGGACAUGCUAGUGCAUAUACAAGAACAUCAAGUGCUGAUCUUCGUAGAGUAAAUGAACCAGCAACACCGGAAUCGGAACAGAAUGAUGACGAUGGUGUCAACACAAAUGCAAAAGCACACUCAACCCUGCAACCCCCGUCCGUGCAUAUGAAAUUUGAUAGCUUCGAUGCCGCUUAUGAGCACUAUAGUGUGUUUGCGCUGAGGAAAGGGUUUGGGAUAAGGAGAGAGUACAGUAAGAAGCUUGUAGAUGGAAGAAUAAGCAGGGUAAUGGUGGUGUGUACUAGGGCAGGGAAACCACGGUUGGAGAAGGUAGAGGAUGAGAAAACAGAGAAUAUUAGAAGCAUUGUGAAGAAAAGGAAAAGAAGUAGGACAACAAGGACCGAUUGCAAGGCGCACAUGUACCUGAGAUGCACAGUGGCAGAAUUUGAGGGGAAGUGGGUGGCGAUGCUCCAGAAUUACGAAAUGGAAGACAAUGAUCACCUUCAGGAGCUUUGGGAAAACAGGGCAUGCUGGGUACUAGCUUACUACAUGCAUGAUUUCUAUCCCUUUUUGCAAUCUACCCAGCGCAGCGAGGGGUUCAAUGCUGUCCACAAGAAGUACGUUAACCCGCAGAACUCAUUGACAGAAUUCGCAAGACAAUACACAUCAAUACAAGAGAAAAUAAUGAGUGCUGAGAACAAGGAAGAGGCUGAAACUGCUACUAAAGACCAGGAUUUGUGGGGGUACCACCCGGUUGAAAGGCAAAUGCACAAGAUAUACACGCACAAUUUGUUCUUGAGAUUCCAGCAUGAGGUGAGGGAAACUACAUCGUAUGACUAUGAGCAUGUUGGAGGGAAUAGACACAUGCUUACAUCGUUACGGGGGAGAGUGGGCAAAUAUGAUGAAAGAAGCUUUCACGUGGAGGCCUGUAAAAGUGAAGGCAUUUUCAUAUGUGAGUGCUGCAAAUAUUAUCGAGAUGGCAUGGUUUGCUGCCACGUAAUGAGAGUGAUGAUGCAGAUUGGCGUUCACAUGAUCCCAGAUAGAUACAUAUUGGAAAGGUGGACGUGGGAUGAAGAUGCUGACCUAAUACAACCAGAUGCUCAACCCCAAUCAGAAAACAAGGCGAUGCCGGAAGAGUCGAAAAGAAAAAUGCGAUAUGCCACCCUCAACUCGAAAUUCAAAGAUUUAUCGAAACAAGCAUGCAUGUCAGAUGAUGAAAACCGGAUAGUGGCACAAUAUUUGAAGGACCUGGGGGUUGCGCUUGCUGCCUGUAGGAAGAGAGAGAAGAGAAAAGCUGCAAAAUCAGCUACGGUGGACAGCCCAAAUGCUCCAUCCAACUCCUCUAACUUCAGUGCAACGUGUGGGUGGGGAAUCUGA